UGGAGAAGUUCAGUGAUGUUCCACAGUGCAAUAAGUUCUUCAUGGAGGGGACAACUCCAAAUCUCCCAGGUAUUUUGUUUGGUGGGAAAGUCCAGGACCAGAACCGGAACCGCUACAAGCUGAUCUGCCAGAAGUACAGGAACAUCUACAUGUUUGCAACUCUCUACGACACGACCAACAGGAUCCCUGUGUUCUCAGCCUACACCUUCACUGGGGUCGGAUCGAGUGGGAAAAGACCAGAUAAAUGGAUGAUUGAACCUCAGCUGGACGGAGGAGAAGAACCAGUUAUGAGUCUGGAGACACAAGGAGUCAUUUACACACACCAGGCUGUCAAUCAGGAUUAUGAUAUAGAUGGUAAAAACAAGAAGGUGAACAAAGGUCACAUGUUUCCAAAAUCUUUUGCUCACCAACCUGUUAAUCAGGACUCCACCUUUACCCUGACAAACUCUGUUCCUCAAGUAAAGUCAUUUAAUGAAGGUAGCUGGGGAACGAUGGAGUGUAAGGUUAGAAAGAUUAUCCUGAAGCAGUGUUUAGAUAAUACUGGUAAACCCAAGGCCUAUGUGGUGACUGGAGCAGUUCCCAGUAAGAGCAACACACUGAACAACCGAGUGAACAUCCCAGAUAUCAUGUGGACAGCCUUCUGCUGUUACAACAACAAGAAGAAAGAGUGGAUGGCCCAAGCGCACUGGGGUGUGAACCAAGAGGAACUGAAGAAACCAGUAUUGAACCCCCAUCCCUUGUCAGAUCUGUAUGACAUGUUGAAGCAUCACUACCCAGGUGAUGUCCAGCUGUUCCCAGAGAAGUGUCUAAGAGGUUCUUCUCAGAAAGAGAGAGGGAAGAGCAGAGAGAGGGAGGUAGGAAGUGGGGAUAUUAGCAGGAAAGGGUUAAUGGAAUGUGAUGAGGAUUGUAAAUGUGUCUCUUUGUAGGUGACACAGAUUGUUCCCUGUCCCAGAGUUUGGUCCAGUGGUAAAACAGACAACUCU